CCAGGAGCGCUGGUCGUGCCUGCAGCGGUCCGCAAACAGCAGGACCCUUCCUGGGAUUAAGCAAGUGGUGAGUUCGCUCGCCACUCUCGAUGCUGGACCCUCCCUGCACGAACUCAGGACCUGUGUGACAUCUGUAAGGAGGUGUUAAACGCCACAAAUUGAGUUUUGUCACGUCUGACCACUUAAAAAUUUACUAUUGUAAAAUAAAACUAUGAAGGCGGUAAUAUCACUGACUCAAACUCUGGGCACUUUGCUACUCUGGAAUACUAUCAAUCAGUGGAACGCGGGAGCCAAAGUGAAUAUUCCCAGACUGAAGCUCUCUUAUAAAGACCUCAUGGCUGCCAAUAGAUCUGUUAUCUUCUUUGGACUCCGUGGUUUCCUGGAUUUCCGUUCAAUGUUCCUGGAUGAGUACCAUGACCAGUUGUUCAUCGGAGCUAAGGAUACCUUGUACUCUCUUCAACUUGACCAGAAAGCAAUCAAUGCCAAAGAGAUUUACUGGCCUGCCCAACCGGGUCAAGAGGAGGAAUGUGGCCUCAAGGGAAAAGACCCAUUUAGUGACUGUGCCAACUUUGUGCGGGUCCUGCAUCCAUACAACAGGUCCCAUCUGCUGGCCUGUGGGACAGGUGCGUUCGAGCCGUUGUGUGCCUUGGUGUACGUGGGCCACAGAGGGGAGCGUGCCUUCAGGAUGGAGAGGAACAGCAUGGAAAAUGGGCGGGGCAAAUGUCCAUAUGACCCCAAUCGACCUUUCGCAAGCAUCUUGAUUGACGGUGAGCUGUACUCGGGACUGGCAGCCGACUUCCUGGGGAGGGAACAAGUGAUCUUCCGCAGUCUGGGGACACGUUCCGCCAUGAGAACUGAGCUCGAUCAACGACUGUUACAAGAUCCCAAGUUCGUGGCGGCUCACCUCAUCCCGGACAACAUUGACCGUGACAACGACAAGGUUUACUUCUUCUUCACGGAGAAGGCCAUGGAAUCAGAAGGCAAAGUCCGAGCCAUAUACAGCCGGAUUGGCCGUGUCUGUGCAAAUGAUGCUGGGGGUCAAAGAGCUCUAGUCAACAAAUGGAGCACAUUCAUCAAAGCUAGACUGAUCUGCUCUGUCCCGGGGCCUGAUGGCAUAGACACUCACUUUGAUGAGCUUGAGGAUGUCUUUCUACUGAGGACUAAGGACGAGAAGAAUCCAGAAAUCUAUGCUAUCUUUAGCACAAUAAGUAACGUUUUCCAAGGCUAUGCUGUUUGUGUGUAUCGUAUGGCUGACAUCCGGGAGGUCUUCAAUGGACCGUAUGCACACAGAGAAGGGCCAGAUUAUCAGUGGACGGCUUACGAGGGCAAAGUGCCUUAUCCAAGACCUGGGUCUUGCCCCAGCAAGAUCACCACGCAGCCCAGUCGCCGAUACACCAGCACCAAGGACUAUCCAGAUGAUGUCCUGCACUUCGCCCGCAGUCACCCACUGAUGUUCCAUUCUGUAUACCCGAUAAACCAGCACCCUGUGCUCAUCAAAACCAACGUCCAGUUCAAGAUGACCCAGAUUGUCGUGGACCGGGUAGAGGCAGAAGAUGGACAGUAUGACGUCAUGUUCAUCGGGACAGAUACUGGAAUGGUACUGAAGACAAUCGCCCUGCGGAAGGGGAAUGCUGUUCAGAGUGAGGAGGUGAUUCUGGAGGAACUCCAGGUGUUCAAGGUUUCAAAUCCCAUCACAGCAAUGGAGAUCUCUGUGAAGCGGCAACAGCUGUAUGUUGCCUCAAGAAUGGGAGUGGCCCUAGUGAAGCUACAUCAGUGUGAGACAUACGGCAGUGCCUGCGCCGAAUGUUGUCUGGCCAGGGACCCUUACUGUGCGUGGGACGGGAGCUCGUGUGCCAGAUACCAGCCUGCUGCCAAGAGACGCUUCCGAAGACAAGAUAUCUGGAACGGUAAUCCCAUUCACCAGUGUCUGGACCAGAAUUUAAGUGUGGAAGGAUUUAACAGUGUGGAGGAGAGGGUGGUUUAUGGGACCGAACACAACAGUACCUUUCUUGAAUGUAUUCCAAAAUCUCUUCAGGCCACUGUCAAGUGGUUCAUACAGCGAGCUGUGGAUCUGCAGAAGGAUGAGGUGAAAACCGAUGAACGGGUCAUCAAGACCGAGCAUGGCCUCUUGUUCAGGAAGAUUUACCGAAUGGACGAAGGAACCUACUACUGCCAGACAAUGGAGCACGGCUUCAUCCAGACAGUGACCAAGAUCUCGCUGGAGGUGCUUGAGAGUGAGCAGCUGGAAGAAAUCUUCAACCGGGACGAUGAAGAGCGGAGCCAACGCCCCUGCGUGGCCCAGCCUCGCCGGCUACAGAGCCAGAAGCCCUGGUUCAAGGACAUCAUGCAGCUGAUCGGUUACUCCAACCUGCACCGUGUGGAGGAGUACUGCGAGAGGGUGUGGUGCAGUGACAAGCAGCGGAAGAAGCGCAAGAUGAUGUCGAGCAAGUGGAAGUUCAUGUCAGACAGUGCGAAGAAAGGGAAGAGCAGGCCCCGUAACAGAACACCCAGGCAUGUGGCUGACACAUAGAGCUGGCCGGCUGAUCGCCAGCUCCAGUGGCCCCUGAAGGGUGGAUCUCCAGAGGAUGGACUAGACUUUCACAGAGCAGAGAAAUAACUGCACAGAAGGAUCAUUUCUUAGCCAACCCCAUCCCCCACAAAGUCAAAGAUCACCAAAGGCUUUCACAUCCAGUCCAGUCACCAGAGACUCUGAUCGGUUAUGAUCCCAUUUUAUUUUUGAAUCUACUGCGCCAUAUAAUUUUGAUCUCAUAUGUUUUUUAGGUUAAGAUGUUAAGCUCCAUGUAUUUAUGUAUGUUAUUUAAUAAUUCAUUAGAAAUCAGUGAGGGGACCGAGAAAUCCAUCCACUAUAUUUGUUGAAGACCAAAAAUUACAGAGCAAGAUCCAUAUACCUUUAGUGCAGCAGACCCUAACUGAUUCAAUACUUGGAACGAGUCAGUGCCCAGUCUUUGAUAACUUCAGUCAAAGCAGCUUGUCAGAUUGGGAAUGGCUGGGGAUUCCUAGCUUUGCUACCGUUGAUCAAAGUGUGCUUAACACUGUUUGUGGGUGCAACUGGACACUCUGCUUUUCUGGGCAAGUUUCGCCUCUUCUAAAUUGCUUCUACAUUUUAAUAACCAAUGUUGACGCUGAGGGAGGGGAUCAUUUGUUGUUAGGUUUCCAGAAAUCAAUAUUUUACUUCUGGUGAGGAAACUGAGCAUUAGCUACCGUUUCGCAGAAAAUUGUUCUGCAGAUCAAACUCAAACCAGGAGCCCUUGAACUACCGGAGAAGAGUGCAUUCUAUUUGGCUGCACACAUCCAGCCCCGUAAUCCUUCAAUUCACCAUUUGGGGCCAUUCCUGGGCCUGGAGUUGGCCUUGCCUGGGGUGGGAGACUGGGAUUCUGAUGUCAUUUUGUUCCACUGAACGAUGUGGGCGUGCUCUGUUGUCACCAGAAUGUCCAGCAACAUUUGCGGGCUGCCCCCCAGCACAUCCCUGGGUGUGUUGGUUGUUCACGCAAACAACACUUUUCACUGUAUUUUUCAGUGUACAAAGUUCAAAGUACAUUUAUUAUCGAAGUACGUAUACUAUAUGCAACCUUGAGAUUUGUCUCCUUACAAGCAGCCACAAAACAAAGAAACCCAAUGGAACCCUUUAAGAGAUAGACUGCCAUACACUCAAUGUGCAGGGAAAAAAACAAGUCGUUUAAGCAAUAAAAUUAAGCAAAUAACAUUCAGAACUGAAGUUCAUGAAAGAGAGUCCACAGCCAUGAAGUCAGUCAUCACUGCAGCUGAUCCAGGAGCCCAUUAGGUGCAGGCCAUAGCCUCAGUUCAGCGCAGAGACGAGUAAGCCUCGCGGAACAGCGAGCUGAACACCAGCCCAUCCCUCGCCUCUGGCCCUGACACCCUGAUCUUUCCAAUCUGGCCCAGCGCUUAAAUCAGCCAAACCUUGGAUUGUUCUUCACUCUUAGACUCAGGCCCCGUCGCUUCGAUAUGCUCUCACCCAACCUUUCCAAUCUGGCCUGGCACUUAAAUCAGUCAAACUCCAGGUCAUACCUGGGCUUUUCUGCUUCGAAGCGGUCUCAGGCCUGUGCCCCAGCAGCUCACUUCAGCCCAUACCCGAUAAAUCAGUCCAACAGCAGGUCCUUCCACACUCCCUGGCAGGGGCCCUGCUGCCUCACCUCAGUUCUACCACUUCAACUUCACUCCAAGUCCGCUCCAGCAAUGGCCAGACAUUGCUCCCCACUCUCAAGCCCUGCCACCUCAAUUUGGCCCACACACACACACACACACACACACACACACACACACACACACACACACACAUACACACACACACACAUACACACACACGCACGCACAACGCUGCAAUCGUUGUGCAUUUUCAAGACAUUGUGCAAGUUCAUACCACAGGAAUGCCAGGUCGUUCUUCUGGCGCUUUAAAAGCUCAACUCCAAAAGGGAAGUUGCAGGCUAUAGAGUAAUAAAGUAGCUAAUAGUUGUGUUUGCUGCCAGCAAGUCAUCGCUGUGCUUCACCAGUGCCAUCUUAAACCAGACCACGUACAUGUGAUAAAUAAAUCAGAAACUGAAUCUGUAUUCCAAUAGAUAUAUUCCAACAUGAAUGCAUUAUGGUUAUAUGCUGAUGAAUAUACUCCAAUUGAUACAUUCUAAAGAAAAUUACUUCAAAGGGUAUAACUCAAUGCUAUAUUCUAAAAGGUGUAUUUCAAGGAAUAUUUUCUAAUGGAUAUGUUGCAAUGGAAACAUUCCAGUUGGUACAGUACAAUCAGGGCACUCUAAUGUGUACAAUCUGAUAGAUAUAUUUUAGAAGAUCCAUCACAAUAUGUCAUUCUGCAAGGUAUUCUAUAUCAAGUGGACAGUCUGAUGGAUACACGCUGAUGGUUCCUUUGGGUGUAUUCCAAUUGCUUUUACAAGGUCCUAUUGUAUUUAUCACAGUUCAGUUGUUUCCGAUUGCCUGAAUAUGACUCAUUUUCGUGCUGUUUAAUUAGAACCAGACCUAAAGGAAAACAAGUUGUGAUUUAUGUUGUAAAUAGAGGGCCUGGCAUUUAUCAGAAAUCCCUUCAUUUGUUUCCAUAAGCUAUAGAAAAAAAAUGCUCAGCAGGAGAUCUUAUUCUAGGCAGAAUAAAUGUUGUAAAACUAAAGCCUGAUACUAUUAUGUUUAGUCCUUAAUAAUAUUGGAUAAGAAUCCUCCCAAUUCCUGAAUGAAGGCCUCAUUACGUGUUGCAGAGUCCAAGUGGAACAAACUGGUCCCACUGUUUGCAAUUGAUUACAGGAGAACGGGGAAAAUAAAUAACGCAAUGUGUUCUGAUAAGGUCUGCUUUGUAGAAAGCACAAAAGAGCAGUUUCUCUGACAACUUUCGAAAGGGAAUUGGACAGGCACUUGAAGGGAAUAAUGUUCCAGGUCUUUGGGGAAAGAGCAGAGAAUAGGGGCUAAGUGGAUUACCCUCGCAAUGAGUAAGUGGAGGUGUCAUUGAUUAACCAGGCUCCACCUCUGCUUUGCACUCCCUGUUUCUUUGCAUAUGUUAAAAAAAGAACAGGUAUUAAAGAGUGAUUUCAAGCCCUGAAUAUACAAAGCUGCAUUAUUCCUAAUAAAAAUCCAACUUACACUUAUCAAGGAAUGAGUCCUGUCAGCUCCCCAACCUGAUGGCAUGAACAUUGAUUUUUCAAACUUCUGGUAAUUGCACCCUCCCCUUCACCAUUCCCCAUUCCUGUUAUUCCUCUUUCCCUCUCUCACCUUAUCUCCUUACCCGCCCAUCACCUCCCCUGGUGCUCCUCCCCCUUCCCUUUCUUCCUUGGUCUUCUACCCUCUCUGAUCGGAUUCCCUCUUCUCCAGCCCUUCAUCUCUUUCACCUAUCAGCUUGCCAGCUCUU